CUCGCAGCUCACCACAGCUCACCGCAGCUAGCCUCGGCGACCAAGCAAGCCACCAUGUGUCCAGGCCUCCGCACCGCCACCGCCGCCAUGGCCCCGUCCUCCAGGCAGGAGCAGCAGCAGCCGUCCUCCUACCUCCUCGAGCUGGCCGCCGACGACGACCUCCAGGGCUUCCGCCGCGCCGUGCAGGACGACAACCUCUCCCUCGUCGCCUCCUCCUCCUGGUACGGCCCCUCCCCCAGGGCCAACAACGCCCUCGCCCUCCACCUCCGCACGCCCGCCAUGGUCGCCGCGCUCUACGGCAGCACCCACGUCCUCUCCUACGUCCUCUCCAUCGCCCCCUCCGAGGCCGCCCGCGCCUCCGCCACCGACGGCGCCACCCCGCUCCUCCUCGCCAACGCCGGCCGCGCCCCCUCCGCCCCCGCCGCCGCCCGCCUCCUCCUCGCCGCCGGCGCCUCCCCCUCCCCCUCAACCCUCCUCCCCCACCACCGCCCCACUAGCCCCCCCAAACAACCCUCCUCCCCGGAAAGAAAAAAGAAGGACUACUCCUCCUCCACCACCACCAACCCCGCCACCCCGACCGAGGACAUCAACGCCGGCGUCUUCGCCACCGACGAGUUCCGCAUGUACAGCUUCAAGGUGAACCCCUGCAGCCGCGCCUACACGCACGACUGGACCGAGUGCCCCUUCGCGCACCCGGGCGAGAACGCGCGCCGCCGCGACCCGCGCCGCCGCAACUACACCUGCGUCCCCUGCCCGGACUUCCGCCGCGACCCCGCCGCCUGCCGCAAGGGCGACGCCUGCGAGUUCGCGCACGGCGUCUUCGAGUCCUGGCUCCACCCCGCGCAGUACCGCACCCGGCUCUGCAAGGACGAGGUCGGCUGCCCGCGCCGCAUCUGCUUCUUCGCGCACGGCGCGCGCCAGCUCCGCGCCGUCAACCCCUCCGCCGCGUCCAUGUCCUCCGAGUCGGCGAACUUCUCCUCCGACAAGUCUGCCUUCUCCUCCUCCCCGCCGCCACCCGCGCCCUCCAGGAGGCCCGCCCUCACGGCCUCGCUCAGCGCCCGGGACCUCGACUACGACGCCGACCACUACGCCACCACCACCCGCAGGAUGAUGAUGGCCAGGGCCACCUCGCCCCCGGGCUACUCGCCCGACCUCGACUUCGACACCACCACCAGCCGCAGGAUGAUGGCGGCCAGAGCGAACUCGCCCCCGGGAUACUCGCCCGACCUCGUCGCCGCCUACGCCCAGGCGCUCUCCUCCCUCCAACACCAGCAACAGCAGGCGCGCAACAGCAAGCCGCUCAACUCCCGCGCCGCCGCGUUCGCCAACCGGAGCCAGACAUUCGUGCACCGCUCCCCCGCCCCGGCUCCAUCCCCGGCCCCGCGCUCCUUCGCGUCACCGUCCUCCGUGCUCGACAACUGGGGCUCGCCGGACGGGAAGCUCGACUGGGGCGUGCAGGCGCAGGCGCCGGCCGCCGAGCUGCGCAAGUCCACGUCUUUCGGGGUCGGCGGCAGGCCGCACGCGUCCGUCAGGCGGGACCAGGACAUGUACUCUUGGCUCAACGACGGCGGCGGCGACGUCCUCGCGGCGGCUCGCUGGUCGGACCUGGAGCAGAUGGUGGCCUGAAUUUCUUCCACCCGAAGAAUUACAAACACUAGCAGUAUUAUAACACGAGAGAUAUGUGGUUGAUCGUUUCUUUCUUUCUUUUUCAAUCGAAAAAAAAUAUAAAUAUGAAAAUGUAACAUAGUAUGAUU